AGUUCUCUGUGUAUACUUUCAGAAAAAUAAACUCUUUUUGUUGAUUUUUUUUUAAUUAAGUUUGGAGUUGAUAGAUCAUAGAUAUUUUAAGUUUGGUGAUAGUAUGAAUUAUAAAUAAAUGUUUGUUUUGAUUAUGGGAAUGCUUUGGUCGAUUAUUUUAAUUAACGGAUAUUUUUUUAAUACGUAAAGAUAUUAGUAUAAGAUCUGUUAUGUGAUAUUAUUAACACUUUUUUUGAUCGAGGAAAGAAAAAUUGAGAGAAAGGGGAGCUUAUAAUUUACACUAGAUGAAUAAUUGAAUACCCCUUUCUUGUCCAAAAUUAUAUAUUUAUGAGCAUGGUUUUGAUGGAGAGGCAAGGGUGAAGUCAAGUUUAUGGGGCCAUGACUGCAUAAUUUUGUUAUUGAGUGAGCCUCCCAUAACUGCUUUGAUAGUAUUGAGAAACAAUAAGGAAAGAGAUCAUACAACUUUCCUGCCCAGAAGCUUACAAAAAUCCAACUACUACAUUAUCAUCCAUUUUCACUCUCUUCCACUCAAUCAGACUCCCAACAGCCACCUCACAAAUUUCCUUUAAAAACGCUGCUUCUGGUUCUAGGAAGGCACCCCAACUCCUUCGAAUAUCUCCAGUCACUAAGCAACUGUAGAAAGCAGCUGUUGCCAUGGCUUCCAAGCAAAUCUGUGCCCUCUUUUUAGUGUUCUCUCUUCUUCUCCACUCAACAGUCACCAGCGCCUGCAAUUCAUGCAAACCCAAGCCCACACCCAGUCCUCCUCCACCAGCAUGCCCUCCACCACCAUCUUGCCCCAAGGAUACUUUGAAGCUAGGUGUCUGCACUGACCUGCUUGGACUUGUCAACAUAGUGGUGGGAUCACCUCCUUCAAGCAAAUGCUGCGCUUUGCUCUCGGGCUUGGCUAAUUUGGAGGCUGCCCUUUGCCUUUGCACUGCCAUUAAAGCCAAUGUACUUGGAAUUAACCUCAACAUCCCCGUUUCUCUUAGCUUAAUCCUUAGUGCAUGUCAGAUGACGGUUCCUCCAGGCUUCAAGUGUGAAUAAGAAGCCCCAAAGUUCCCAGGCUAAGUUUGCUCAUGUACUUUGACUUGUCAGAAUAUCAUCAUGCCAUUGGUGUUGGAAAAUUCACUAAUGUGCUUGAAUUUGUUGCUUUGAUUAGUAUGUUUUGAAGUUGGAAACAAGGUUUCUUUUCUUUUUUGCUAUGGUUUGUGUUUUACAUUUUUUAGGGUGUCUUAUCCCAAAGACUCUCCCAUUAUGUGAUACUUGUUCAAGUUGAAUAACUUGGCCUGUGGGUUCAUUUACCUCAGCCUAUAUGUAAUGUUUGAUUAAUGUUUGUGAAUGUGAAGUUGAUUUUCUUUAUGUUUACUCAA